CUCUUAAGAAAAUCCUCCUUGAAAAUGGCUAUCCAGAAAGAUUUAUCACAAAAUCAAUGAAACCCAGACCAGAGAAGCCGCCAACACCCAGUGCUCCAAAAAGACUUCUCUACAUGAACCUACAGUUCAAUGGAGACCAAUCUACAGAAAUACUGAGAAAUCGGCUCUCCCGCUCAUUGAAGAAAACCUUCCCUGCAGCUGAAUUACGACUGACGUUCUCCACGAGACCAAUGAUUCGUAUGAACGUGAAGGAUAAGCUACCGCUGUUGGCCUCAUCUAUGUGCAUCUACCAAUUCACCUGCUCGUGUGGAGCCAGGUAUAUCGGCCGUACUCAGCGUUCGCUAUCCAAACGCGUCAACGAACAUUUACCUUCAUGGUUUUAUAAAGGAGAAAACCGAUGCCCUCGCAGCUCGAUCCUUGAACAUUUGAUCGACUCUGGACACCAAGUCAAACCAGAAAUAAACUUCAAAGUUAUCUACAGAAUACAAGGCAAUCUUGCUAAAAGUGUACGGAUCAAACUUCUCCACAUCGCAGAAGCAAUGGCAAUUCAUCUGCUAAAUCCUGAACUCUGCAUACAAAAGAAAUUCGUUCAUUCAUUAAAUCUACAAUGGACGUAAUCUUUCUUAAUUUCAGUCUUACUAAUUGUAUUAUUUUGUCUUUUGCAUUUUAUUAUUUCACAUCUUCAUUUAUAUUAUUCUCUACCCCACCCUUUUGUAAUCUCUACCCUCAUUAACAAUGUUGCUAACUUGACCCACGUCCAAUUUCUAGUCAACUAUGUUACGUCAUCCGAUUAACUUACUUAUUUUCAACUGUAUUAUUCUCUAACCCCACCCUUAUUUAAUUUUAACCACCACUCAUUAACACUGUUGCCAACCUGACCUACUCUGAAUUCUACUCAACUGUAUUACGUCAUCCAAUUCACUUAAUCAAUUCUAUUUUAUUUUCUAUCUUAACGUUUGUCUCCAAGCCAAAUAAUACUUACAUUACAUAAUUAUCUAAACUUUAUAAAUCUAAUGUACACACACACAAACAAAAUUGUAUAUAUAUGCGAUUGUACAGCUCAGUGAAUGAAUUCGCCGAAAAGAGUCUCUUCGCUGAA